AUGGGCACCUCUAAUCCCGUAGUGACGGUUGAUACUAUUGUGCCGAUGGCGCGACCAAUUGGAGCUGGCGAUGAACUAGAUACGAAUUACAUGGAUUCCCUGUGCAAGGACCACUUCUUGCAACGACAAUACCGCAAAGUUGAUGGGGGAGUGUUAUGGUCCCGUAACGAACGCAAUCUGGACUGCACGGUGACGUUCCAGACACACAGCAUCCUGCAGCGGUUCAUGCUGCACUUUGACCUGCUACAGCUGGACUGCAAUGAUCACCUUUACGUGUAUGAUGGCGCACAUGCUACCGCACCGCCUAAGGCUGAUCUAUCAUGCCGCAACACCAAGCAGCAGGUCGGCGCGCUAUUCACGCGCAGCAACUUCGUGACGUUAAAGUACGUCACUGACAACUGGGGAACAGACGCCAACGGGUUCCGGCUCGUUAUCACCGCCGUCAAGGACCCCAAUUUUCUUAUUGUUCCAGAACAUGGGUGCAAGGAGUUCCGGUGUAAGCAGCGGGAGUUCUGCGUGAGCGCAGACCUCACCUGCGACGGUGUAGACCACUGCGCCGAUGGCUCCGAUGAAGAUACCGCCGUACUUUGCCCAGAGACUACUACUGAACUGAAUACACUGAACACCACUGCCACAGUAGAUACAACUUCUGGAGCAAACAUCACUUCUGACAGCGGCGGUAGCGGCGCAAGCGGCACGUGGGUGGCGAUAGGUGCGGGAGGGGUGGUGUUGGCGGCCAUAGUGGCCGUCGUCGCCGCCUGCUGUGCGUGUCGCCACCGUGCCAACAAUCAGCGCACGCGUUUACAUUUGCAAGAGAUGGCGAGCAGUAACGGCGGCGGUGGCAGCGGGAGCGCGGGCGGCGAGGGCGCGACGCGGCUGCCGGGAAACCCGCCGCCCCCUGCGGGCCCGUGCGGGGCGGCGCGGGCGGGCCGCCUGCGGCGAGCGGCCUGA